AUUUAAGCAAAACUGCCAAAAAUGAUCAUAAUUCAGAGAAACCCAGCCAUACUUUUGCCACUAGUUUGUGGAACGUGUCUUCGUGUUCUGGGAAAGGAACGCCUUCUACAGUAAACAAUAUAUCUAAAGUAAAUCUUGCCAAGAAACAGGAACCCUUGACUCUUACACCUAAUUUAAAGAAAAAUAGAAAAUCUGAAGAUUCUGAUUCUUCAGACUUAGAUGAAAAUAUAUUUCAACCUAAAAAAAAUAAGUCAGUGAAACAGCGAUUCACCCCAGACAGUCAGCAAUCUCAUCCUCCUUUUGAUUGCAGAUCUGAGGAUAAAGAAGGUCCCAAAACUGAGACCAAGAAAUCAUUAAGUUGUCAGUUUUGCCAGAAAAAAAUGAGUUGUCAUCAAAGCCUGAGCCGGCACAAGAAAGCAUGCAUACAAAACAUAAAUCGUAAACCAUCGGAGCACAUAUGCACUGCGUGUGGAAAAAAUAUUCCACGCAGGUAUGUGUUUAUCGCCCACAUUAAAAAAUGCACAGGAGAAAAGGUUAUUGUGAAUUAUGGUGUGGGCAAGAUGUCCUGCCCUUAUAAAAACUGUCAAAAUAACCAGUUUCAAUUUAAAGUAGAUUUAUAUGAGCACCUUUACACUGAACACAAGGCGGACCUGAAGCCGCCAGAAAUAAGAAUUUUUGACUCAUACAAAGAAUUUGACAAAUGGAAAACAUCUGUAGAGGAUGAAUCGUUUUCAUAUUUUUCGCAACAGUAUGGGAAAAGGAAUGGAAGGUCUUAUUUUUAUUGCCAACAUGAUGGCUCCGAGAAGAGUCAUUUAAAGAAUCAACAGUCUAACAAGACCACACGGAGGAACAAGAAAGGGCGCAUAAAGAAAAGUGAUUUAUGUUUAGCAAUGAUGAGUUUAAAGUAUUUACCUGAUGGGAAAAUUAAGGUGGCAUACCGCCCCACUCAUCUCCACCCAUGCCGCCCUCGAGACCUGAAACACCAGCCACUUUCAACAGCGACUAAUGAGUACAUAUCCAAACAACUUGCAUGGAAUGUACCUCCAAGAAAAAUAGUUCAGAACCUCCGAGAUGAUUCAUACAAGAGAGCAAAUCGAUUAAGUAGGAGCUCCAUAAAGUUGAAGAGAGACAAUCUUGUAAAAAUCAAAACGAUAACAGAGAGAAUGAGGAAAAAAAAUUCCAGUCUUCGGUUUUCUAAUGAUGAUGCUGAAUCUGUCUACUUCAAAGUUAAGACCUUAAUGGAAGAGGAGUACAAUCCAAUCCUCAUCUAUAAGCCUAAAGGAGAGAAAACUAUCAUCGGUCCAGAGGGAUCUGAACAUUUACCUGAAGAUGUGUUUUUACUUGCUUUUCAGACAAAAGAACAGCUGGAUAUGAUGGUAGAAGGUUGCAAGGAAAUCCUUGCCAUUGACGAAACCCAUUCUACCAAUCCUUAUGACCAUUAUCAGCUGUUGAAUAUGAUGGUACGGGACAAAUUCAACCUUGGGUACCCUGUAGGCCAUGCUAUCAGCAGCCGCUCUGAUGAGGCAGUUUUGCAAUUUGUUUUCAAGGCAAUUAAAGAGAGGUGCCCUGAUUUAAAAAUUAACUGUUGCAUAACGGAUGACGAUCCAGCAUUGAUUAACUCAGUUAAUGCUGGAUUAGGAGAGGCCGUCUGGCAUUUGUUGUGUGUGUGGCAUAUCCAUCGAACAAUUCAAUCCAAUAUAAGACAUCAUGUCAAAGAAAAUGAUUUAGUAUCAGAAAUUUAUAGUAUUAUGUGUGUUCUCAUUGAUGAACCAGAUGAGUGCCAAUUCCUUAAACUAAAAGAUUCUUUUCUACUAGAGUAUUCUCACAAAUGCCCGACGUUCAAAGACUAUUUUGAAAACACAUUUCUGCCUAAAGCGCAGAAAUGGGCCAAAUGCUAUCGUCUUAAACACCACGGAGAAACUGAGACAACAAUGCUUGUGGAGUCAUUUCACAAUAUUCUUAAGACAGUUUACAUGAAGAGAGUGCCUAACAAACGUAUAGAUGACCUGUUGGACUUGUUGCUUACUAUUGAGGAAGAUUAUUUUACAAGGUACACUAAUGCGGUGCUCCUCAACUCUAUGUCUGACAAGGAUUUCUCAGAUCUUUCCAAACGUCAUUUGAAGGGCAUGAAAAUAAAUGACUUAGAUGUCACUCAAAUUUCAGGAAAAUGUUGGACUGUCCGGUCCCAAGACAAAAAUUCAACUGAAGAGUACAUUGUGGUCAGGUGCGCCGAUCAAUGCUUUAGUCAAUGUCUAAAGAUAUGUUACGAUUUUCGUGCUACUGUAAGUCCAUCACCCAGUUUAUUAGUGGACAUUUUGAUCUCCGAUGACACAACACCUACAGACAUCAAAGUUAGACGAUUUUAA